GCAAUUUAUACCUCGAGAAUUAAUUCAUGAGAGAGAAUCAAAGAGAGAGAAAGAAAGAUAUGAGGAAAAAUCAAAUUGGGCUUCAAUAUGAGGAGAGAUGACUGAAAAAGCAGCUCACAACUGAUAAUAAAAUUUCUCAACCCAAUUUCUGGCUUUCUCCAUCUUCUUCCUUCUCCAGUGCAGAGACUUGGAGAUCUCAAACUCAAUUGUGAAUAUUAAUACUGAAUUGAGUGCUCCCAAAUAUUUAUUUAUUUAUUUUUUCAAUUCUGGGGGCUGGAUUGAAAUUAUUUCGCUUCUACCGCUAAAGAGAUGGCAAAGUUAUCGCAUACAGAUUCUAGACGAAUGUAUUCCUGGUGGUGGGAUAGCCAUAUUAGCCCGAAAAACUCGAAAUGGCUCCAGGAAAAUCUCACAGAUAUGGACUCCAAAGUAAAGUCGAUGAUAAAGCUGAUAGAGGAGGAUGCUGAUUCUUUCGCAAGGAGGGCCGAAAUGUAUUAUAAGAAGAGACCGGAGCUGAUGAAAAUGGUGGAGGAGUUCUAUAGGGCUUACCGUGCGCUGGCCGAGAGGUAUGAUCAUGCGACUGGCGUCAUAAGGCACGCCCACCGCACCAUGUCGGAGGCCUUCCCUAAUCAAGUGCCGUUGAUGUUUGGUGAUGAGUCCCCAGCGAGUGCUGAUCCCAAGACUCCCGAUAUAUCGACCCCGAUUGGAGAAUUUGCUGAUGAAUCUGAUUCUUUCACUGAAAAGAAGAUUCUGAAGCAGUUCAAUGACCCUAUCCGUUCAGUCGAGCGCGUAAGAAGGGGUCUCAUUUUCAAUGAGGUCGAGGAGAAAGAACUGAGCAAUGGGAAGAGUCAAAUCAAGGAUAAAAGUUCGUCAAAAUCCGACAAGGAAAGCAAGUCUGAGGAGAUUUUAUCGUUGAAGGAAGCACUUGCCAGACUAGAAGCCGAGAAAGAAGCUGGCCUUGUUCAGUACCAGCAGAGUCUCGAUAAACUGUCCCAGCUCGAAACCGUGAUCUCCAAUACCCGUGAGGAUUUCAAAGUGCUCACCGAUCAUACGAAGGAAGUUGAAAAUGAAGUUGCCAUCCUUAAGGAAAGAAUCACCACUUUAGAAGCCGAAAAGGAGUCUAAGCUUCAAGACUACCAAAAAAGCGUUGAUAAACUCAAUGAAAGAGCCAAUACUGCUGAAAUCGAAACCGAAUCCCUGAAAGGCGAACUUGACAAGCUAGCCACCGAGAAGGAUGCCGCUCUCGACCGAUAUUUGCAGUCGUUAGAGACAAUAUCUAGUCUGGAGAAUAAGUUACGGCUUGCCGAGGAAGAUGCCACGAGAUUCAAAGAGAGGGCCAGAAAAGCCGAAAGCGAAGUUGAAACUCUCGGGCAAACCAUUUCCAAACUGACCGAAGAAAAAGAAGCUGCGGCCGAGCAGUACCAACAAUGUUUACAUAUGAUUUCGAGUCUUGAGCAAAAACUUGCGCUCGCCAAUGAGGAGGCCAAGCGCCUAAAUGUCGAGGUCGAAAAUGGAGUCUCGAAAUUGAAAACCGCUGAAGAACAGUGUCUUCUGCUAGAGAGGUCAAACCAGUCCCUUAAUACUGAACUCGAAUUGUUGAUUCUGAAAUUUGGAACCCAAACACAAGAGCUUACCGAAAAGCAGAAACAACUAGGGAGACUUUGGGCUUGCGUGCAAGAAGAACGUUUGCGAUUUGUGGAGGCUGAAACUGCUUUCCAGACUCUGCAGCAUUUACACGCGCAGACUCAGGAGGAGCUCAGAGCUACGGCUUCUGAGCUUCAUAACAGGGCUCAGCUUCUGAAAGCUGCCGAGUCUCAAAAUCGGGAUUUGCAGGAUGAGUUUAUGAAGGUUAAGGAGGAGAACAAGCAGCUUGACGAGUUCAAUGCAGCAUCUGUGGUGUCGAUAAAAGACAUGCAGAACGAGAUUUCUAGCUUGAUGCAAUCCAAAGGGAAACUUGAGGAAGAAGUUGAGCUCCGGCUUGACCAGAGAAACGCGCUUCAGCAGGAAAUAUAUUGUCUGAAAGAAGAGCUGAAAGAUCUGAAUGGGAAGCACGUCUCGGUUUUGGACCAGGUGAAUGAACUACAGGAUGAGAAUUCCCUUCUGAAGGAGACUUGUCAGAGGGAGAGUGGCGAAAAAGCAGCGCUCUUGGAGAAGCUGGCAGUUUUCGAGCAGCUCCUUGCGAAAAAUUUGCUCCUAGAAACUUCGCUCUCGGAUUUGAAUGCUGAGCUGGAAGCCGUAAGAGGGAAGAUAGAAGAGCUGGAAAACAUGUGCCGAGUGCUCUCGGAAGAGAAAUCGACUCUUCUUGAAGAGAAAUGCACGCUUGCAUCACAAUUAGAUGAGACCAACAAGAAUCUGGAGACUCUCUCGAAGAACAACACUGUUCUCGAGAAUUUGCUUUCCAACGUGCACCAGCAGCUCGAAGCAUUGAUGGCUAAAUCGAAAGUCUUGGAAGAUUCGUGUCAGUUGCUUGUUGAGGAGAAGUCUGGGCUGAUGAGUGAGAAAGAUGGGUUGGCUUCUCAGCUGGAGAACACUCGGACAGAGCUCGAUCAUCUCGGGAAGCUCUAUGCAGAACUUGAAGGGAGAUGCAUAAAUCUGGAGAAAGAGAAAGAAUCAACUCUUAGAAAAGUUGAUGAACUGAAUAUGUCUUUGGACGUAGAAAGGCGAGAAAAUGCAAGCUACAUUAAGAUGAGCGAAACUCGGUUAAAUGAAGUUGAAGCUAAGGUGUGCCUUUUACAAGAAGACUGCCGACAGAGAAAGGUAGAACUCGAUCAAGUGCUAGACAACGUCAUAUUCAGUGAAAUCGAGAUAUUUGUCUUGCGCACAACUGCUCUGGCGCUGAAAGAAAAUAACUGCUCGUUGCUCGUUAAGAACCAGAAGCUCUUGGAAGAAUCCAGUUUUUCAGAGAAGAAGAUUUCACUGUUAGAGCAGAAGAGUAUGGAGCAACAAUCUGAAAUCAGAUCUUUGACAGAUCAAGUUAGUAGUCUGAGGGUGGGACAUCGUCAGUUGUUGGGAGUUCUGGACAUUGUAGACAAUUGUGCAUUUGAGGAUAAAGCUGAACAAGACCAGUUUUAUGUCAGACAGUUGUUUGAUAAACUUCAGACUUUGAAAGAGUCCCUCAGAAAAGUCGAUGAAGAAAAUCUGUGGGUGUCUGUUGAAUCGUCGGUUCUUGUAGCAUGUAUUAGGCAAUUAAUACUCGAUUUUAAAAUUCUCGAGGCAGUUAAAGACAAAAUAGAGCAUGAGAAAGAAGCAUUGUUAAGUCGGGUUGAGGAUUUAAAUGUGAAGCUGGUGGACAUGCACAGAGAGAAAUCUGAAACUGCACUGGAGAAGAGAUCCUUAAUGGAUAAUAUCCAGCAUUUGGAGGGAAAGAAUAAUAUCCUCGAAGAGGAAAAUUAUGUUCUGUAUAGUAAACUGUUAGCUUUAGAGAAUCUUACAUUGAUUUUCAAAUUCUUUGCCGAUGAGAAAACUGUGGUAUUUAGAGAAAUUUGGGAUGAUUGUAAUAAACUUCACCAUAUGAAUGCUGCUCUAACGGGAAAGUUGAGCUCAACAGAGGAAAAGUUGGAAGAAUCGAAAGUUGAAAAUCUUAAACUCAACGAGAGACUACAGAAAACCGAGGAGGAGAUUAAGUUUGCUGUCACAGACAGAGAUCAGUUGAGUGUUGAGAUCGAAAAUGGUAAGAAGUUGUUGAAUGAAAUGGCACUGCGACUCCAAGAAGCAGAAGAAAAGAUAAUCCUUGUUGAAAAACAAAAACUGGAGCUAAACGAGAGUGUGGAAAGUUUGAAAGUGGACUACAAUGAGGUCAAGACGGCUUGCACUCGCCAAGAGAAUUACAUUCUCAAACUAUCCGCAGAUAAUGAACAUUUGAGGAAGGAGAAUAAUUUGUUGACUGAUGCGAGUCAGAAGCUGGAAGCUGAUCUGCAGAAAAUUCAAGACGAACAUGAGUUGAAAAAAGUCCAAGAAGAAAUUUCGAGUGCUGAACUGCAAAAGAAGAUGAAUGAGAUCAAUGAGUUGGAGAUUCAAGCUGCAGACGUUUUUGGUAAAUUGCAGUGCUUAAUGGUCAGUCAGCUUCUUUAUGAGCAGAAGUUCCGUGAGCUAAAUGAUGCGUGUCUUGGCUAUAUGGAUCAGAAUAACGAGCUCAAGACUCAAUUGGCUGCAUAUGGUCCUGAGAUUCUUUUGUUAAAGGAAUGUAUAUCAUCCCUUGAGAACCAAACUGAUAUACAUAUCAAGUUUCCGAAUCCUGAGAAUGAGGAUCUGCAGGAUGCCAACAAUAGUAAUAAAUCCCGACAUCUAAGUGGCGGUGCUGCCGACUUGCACGAACUAACGGUUAGGCUCCAAGCCAUCACAAAGGCAGCAUCCGAACUAAAGGACCAUAUGCUUCACGAAAACACCGAUCUCCACUCCAAGCUACUCGACACCACAAAACAACUCGAGUCCCUACAGUCCGAAAACGGGCAUUCCUGGCGCAACAGACGCGUGCCCACUUCCGAGAUAAUCGAGGACGAAAAUACCCUCCUUACCAAAGACAUCGUCCUCGAUCAGGUAUCCGAUGGCUCGUCAAAGAAAAUAACCGAAACCGUCGACUUCCACCGUCGCGAACCCAUCGAGAAACAGAAAAUUACGUUUCUGCCCCCGGACAAGCUGGAAAUGUCGAAAAGGUCGAACGGGUCUUUAAAGGUCCUGGAGAGGCUCGACUCUGACGUGCAGAAGCUCGCGAAUCUCCAGAUCACGGUGAAGGAUUUAAAGAGGAAGCUUGAGGCAACUGAGAAGGGCAAAAGGGGAAAAGCGGUUGUCGAGUGCGAAGCUCUCAAGGGGCAGCUCGAGGAGGCUGACUCGGCAGUUACGAAGUUGUUGGAGCUGAACGGGAGGCUGAUGAAGAGCGUUGACGACAGGUCGUUUUCUUCGGAAAAGUCAACGUCGUUUGACUUUGAGAACGAGGGUGGCGCGGCGAGAGUGUCGAGGAGUGCGCGGAGGAUGUCGGAGAAAAUCGGGAGGCUACAGAUGGAGGUGCAGAGGCUGCAGUUUGUUUUGAUGAAGAUGGAUGAUGUUAAGAAUGGGAUGUGGGAAGGGAAAAGAAGGGUUUUGCUCAAGGAUUAUCUGUACGGAAGGGCGACGGGCCAGGGGCAGAGGCGUAAAAAGACGCGGUUUUGCGCGUGCGUUCAGGGAUCAGCUGUCGAUGAUGAGUGAGCUUUGUUGUGAUUUGCAGAAAAAAGUAUUGUGUGUUUUUUUUCUUUGUUUAUAAGAGGGAUUCUGAUUAGAUGCAAUAAUAAGACUUUGUAUAUUUGGUGGUCUACUGACUAAGAGAAUUUUAGGUGUGUAUUAUCUAUUAUUAUUAGUUCUGUCCAGAAUUUGUUCUUCUUUUUUCACAAUUUGCAUAUGCUGAUGUUGAAAUAAGUUAAGGUGUGAUUACACUUUCCAGAAAACUGGAUGAAUAAAUCCUAAGCCAUAAUUAGCAACAACAUUUGGAGUUUGGACAGUGGCCUUGGAGAUGAUAUCUCAACAAUAGUCAUGCUAAUUUGCUUUAAAUUCGUUUGGUGCAAGUAUAAUUGC